AUGUUCAAGAAGUUGAAAGAGAAGGUCAAGGGCGAAGAGCAGAGACCCCAAGGCCAUCCAAGUGGAGGACAGCCGCAACAGCAACUCCAUCCCAACAAUCCAUAUUACUCUUCAUCACAACAGCAACAAUCACACACCACACCUACCGAGAAAUACCAAGCACCCCCAGGCCCGCCUCCGAACUAUGCAUCGUCCAAGUCAGAGUACCAAGCCCCUCCAGGUCCACCUCCGCCACACUUAUCGAAGUCAGACUUCACACCACCUGCUGGUCCACCACCAUCACACCUUUCCCAACCGCCACCGAGCUAUGAAGCGCCAGUCCAGCACAAUUGGCAGGUGAUUCCAGACACAGCCCUGCUGCCUCCGCCGCCUUCCAUUGGCUAUGAAAAUUCACCGACAGCGAACUCGUCCAUGGAAGAAGGCGACCGCGCGUAUGCUUGGUGCAGAGCGAAUCCGCUCUGGCCGCCCUACAACAUUGCUCCGUCAACACACAACGCUAUUCAAAAUGCGCAGCUCGCACUGCUGCGGGCGCCCAGCUUUGUUGGCGACAUCAUGCCACAACCACAAGCCGGGCAUUGGAAGGUCCGGACCCAUCCCAACUGCCGAGACUCCAGUAUCUUGACAAAUCUACCUAUGUACUCGGCACUCGCAGAUACUCCUCUGCGCACUCACCAGCCUAAGACGAUCUACUUCGAGCUAAAAGUGACGGGCACCGGCCGUGGUGGGCUCUCUCUCGAAGAGGCAGAUGCUGGCAUCGCAGUUGGAUUCAUCGCACCUCCGUACCCUACGUUCCGACUUCCAGGCUGGCAACGCGGAAGCCUUGGCGUACACGGUGAUGAUGGACGGAGAUACGUCAACGACACAUGGGGUGGUGUUGACUUCACAACUGCAUUCGCGCCAGGUGAUACGGUGGGCAUUGGCAUGUCGUUCUCGGUUCCGAAGAAUCCUCCAAGCUACGAGGCCGAGCAGCAGGGCAGACUGAUGGAUGUCGAAGUGUUUUUCACGAGGAAUGGAAAGAAGGAAGGCGGUUGGGACGGGCAUGAAGAGUUGGAUGCAAGGAGUGAGGGCGGUACAAUGGGAUUGAGAGGUGAAUUCGACUUAUUCCCAGCAAUCGGAGUGUUUGGCGGCGUGGACUUUGAGGUCUUCUUUCAUCCUUCGCAGUGGCUUUACCGGCCGUUUUGA